AUGUCUACAACCAGCUCAGUAACUGCUCGACCCCGCCAUGGGAAAGGAAAACCACUAGUUGACGACAAGCCAAGUUUAUGCACCGAAAGCCAUGAGAGAACAGCCGCCAACUCCGAACUACUCGAAUUUGGCGGUUCUCUAGGGACUCUCGCCCUGAUGAUCGGCUUUCCUCUGCUCAUGUACUACAUGUGGAUUGGAACGACUUACUACAAUGGCAAAUUGCCUCUCCCUCUAGAGGGUCAGAGCUGGGCCUGGCGUAUUUACUGGACAUAUUACAUCUUCGAGGUCGCCUGCUACAUCCUCCUGCCGGGCUUCACAUGUUAUGGCAAACCCAUCGCCCACGAAGGUGGGAGACAGCUCAAGUACCAUUGCUCUGCAUAUGCCAGCUUCUACUUCACCAUCCUCGUUAUGGCAGCCCUCCACGUCACUGGCUACUUUCCCAUCUACACUAUCUUAGAUGAGUUCGGUCCGCUUAUGUCCGUCGCAAUUAUAUCAGGCUUCCUGACCAGUAUCUACGCUUAUGUUUCUGCAUUGGCCCGUGGCGCGCAGCACCGUAUUACCGGGUACGUCAUUUAUGAUUUCUUUAUGGGUGCGGAGUUGAAUCCUCGUCUAUUCGAAAUCCUCGACUUCAAGAUGUUCUACGAAGUCCGCAUUCCAUGGUUUAUGCUCUUCGGCUUCAGCUGUGCCGCUGCCGCCAGGCAGUAUGAACAAUUCGGCUAUGUCUCCGGCGAAGCUUUGUUCCUCGUCAUGGCCCAUUAUACUUACGCCAACGCUUGUGCUAAAGGAGAGCAUCUCAUCACAACCAGCUGGGACAUGCACCAGGAGAAACUCGGAUUCAUGUUGAUUUUCUGGAACAUGGCGGGCGUCCCUAUGUCCUACUGCCACUGCGCGCUUUACCUGGCCAACAGGGACCCGGCCACGUACGCGUGGAAUAAGAGCACUCUGGCGCUACUGUACAUCUCCUACCUCUUUGUGUACUGGGUCUGGGACACCACGAACAGUCAGAAAAACUCGUUCCGGAUGAUGGAGAAGGGGAGCUUUGUUAAACGGAGGACAUUCCCGCAACUUCCGUGGCAGGAGGUGCACAAUCCCCGAACAAUAGCCACUGAUUGCGGCGAGAAGAUUCUAGCGGAUGGUUGGUAUGGAUACGCGCGCAAGAUCCACUAUACCUGUGAUGUGUACUUUGCUGUCACCUGGGGUCUGAUCACCGGGUUCGAUAGCCCUUUCCCUUGGUUCUACUCGUGUUUCUUCUGCAUUAUGAUUGCCCAUCGGACAAUGCGAGAUGUUGCUAAAUGCCGGCGAAAGUAUGGUGCAGCUUGGGCCGAGUAUGAACGGCUGGUUCCGUAUCUUUUCAUUCCAAUUAUUAAAUUGGAGGACAAUGGGAAGGGCUUGCUCAUCAUGCCGCAGGAGAACCCAUCCUUGUGUAUUAUCAUUGAUACAAACUAG